GGCCUCUAAGAACACCAUUGGUUCUCAGUAUGCCUGAUUAAGAAAGCACUUACAGCAAACAUAGGGAGCACUUGAGGAUCAUGCACAAUUACUUAAGCCUGUUCGCUGUUCAGAGUACACAGCUAAAGCAGAUUACAAUUUAAUCAAAUUGAAGGACAGAACAAAGUCCAAAGCCUGCUGCUCCAGCAAAGGAUUCCAGCCAGAAUCCCAAGAAAAACUAUGGGGAUACUAUAUUCACAGCCCAUUUGUCAGGCUGCGUAUAAUAAUGAUUUCAAUGAACUGCAACUCUUGCUGGAAGAAGACAGCAAUAAUCUCAACAUUCAGGACAGCUUUGGUGGAGACACACCAUUAAUCUGUGCCUGCAAACAGGGACACAACAGAAUUGUCAGUUAUCUUCUGAAAAGAAAUGCUGAUGUGAACAUCAAAAAUAAGAAAAAAAGAACAUGUUUACAUUACGCUGUGAAAAAACGGUUCAGCUUCCUUGACUACCUGCUCAUUAUCAUCUUAAUGCCUGUUAUGCUUCUUGGGUAUCUCCUCAUGGUGUCCAAAAGUAAACAGAAUGAAAACCUUAUCAAGAUGUUACUCAGAGCUGGUGCAGAUGUUAAUACAACAGAUGAUUCAGGAAGAACAGCUCUCCACUAUGCCAGUGAAAUGAAGAACCAGUCCAUCAUACCUUUACUAGUAGGAGCAGGGUCUAAUAUUUCCAUAAAGGACAAGGAAGAAGAGACUCCACUGGACAUAGCAAAAAGAUUAAAAUUCACCAACAUAGAAAACAUGUUAAAGAAGGAAUCCUAGACCAUAAUAAUAUGUUGUCAAGGUUCUUAUGGUGUGUGUGGGUGUUGGAAUCUGUGAGGGCAAUACACUGUAGGUCCCAUUGCGCUGAUAGUUUAAAGUGACCUCACAUUUACUGCAGCUGCCAAGGUUAUACAAUGUAGGCUGUAAUAAAUCUGCUGCUCUGCAUGGAUGGGCAAUGUGAUUUGACCCAGAGGACACGGUCAACACUAUGAACAUUAUGAACUAUUCUUGAUUUUCAUUUUCCCUCUGCCAAAGUAAGACAUUUGUAAAGCGUAAUUUAUUUGAUUUGUACUAUCUCUAAAAGUUGUGAUUCAAAACAGAUUCAUCAAUAAAGACCUCUUUUGUAUUUCAUUAUAUCCAAUGAGUAUUAAAUACAUAGAGUAAAAAUAGAAUUGGAAGGAGGCGCAAGGCUUUCUUGUCCAAGUGUUGCCAACUUAUGGCAUGGGUGUCAUAGCAAAAGGAUUUGUUGGUAUGCCUGGACAUGAGCAGAAAGCAUGAGAAACUGGCUAUGGCAGUAUUGCUGGUCUUUCUCAUACUGCACUGUUUCUGUCUUGGUAGACCAGAGGAAAAAGCACACCAAGGGACCAUGAGGUAGGGAGAUAGGGCCCCCAAAAUCAAUGUUGUCAACAGAAGGAAAGUUGGAGUAGACAGCAGACUGAACAUUAGAAACCUUCAAGACCCAAACAGACAUCUGCAAGAUGAUAAAUAAAAGAUAUAAUCUUUCCCAACAUGUUUUGGAAAGAUAACAUGGGAAAUAUUUUUUGCCUGACUGGUGUACAAUGGGCCAUUCUUUUCUCCAGAAUAUUGAAGAAACCAAGGAGACAGUUAUUUUAGUUUAUUGUCUUUUUCCCCAGACCAAUACCACAACAUAAAGUAGAAAGGAGUUCUGAGACGAUUUAAGAUUGUGCUGUUUUGCCAUAUGAAACAUACUACAAUUGCACAAAGGGGUAACAUCUAAAUAAAUACCUCUCCUUGAACAUAACUUUAUUAAAUACUGGCAAGAUUGCCCUAUUACAAAGCAAGCAGGUAAUCAUCUCCAAAGCACCAUUUAGUGAAUUAUACAGACCCUUCUUCAUCAUAACUAGUUGCACCAAGACAUCAAAGCAGUACUGAAUAGUAUUUUGGGUUUUAAUCAUAAUCCAUAAUCUCUGUAUACAUGUACUCAUCUACAAACAUCACUGACUGGCAUUAUGGAUACUUCUUCAUUGUCUCAAUGAUAUUCAUGUACAUACGCUCAGUUGCAUCAAUUCCCCAGAUAAAGUCUAAGUGUUGCCAUUCAGGAAUGUGGUUUUCAUAAAUUAGGUUACUAAUCCGUGAGCGUAACAUUGCAACAUCUGUUGGGUGUACAAACGAGUCUUGCCCUGCAGUCCAGAGUGCAAUUGGUAUUUGUAUGUCUUCUAUCUUAUAUUUAGGAGGGUUUGUCUGUGGAUAAAACAACAACAGCAAUAAUAAAGCUUUGUUUCCAAAUGUACAGCAAUAUAGAAUUUUUCGCAUGGUUUUUUAAAUACCUGAUACAAAUGUUUGGAGUUGACUUAAAAUUGAAAAGAAAAUGAGAGACAGAAACAUAUUUGUUUAUGUAUUCAAGAACCCACAGCAAUUUCCAACAAAUAAAUAUUAUUUUAUUUUUUCA